UAUAUUCUAUUCGGUCCACGUCCGUUUGCCGCGGCGCUCGUCCGUUCAACAUUUUCGCGUCGUCCGCCCACACUAUCCGUCUCGGAGACCCCGUCUUACAGCGGCGCGAGUGCACGAAAACGACAGCAGCGGCCGAAUCAGCCGUGGUCAGUGCGAAUUUUUCAAAACGGUCUCCGGGUCCCGCCGUUUGCGUGGUGCGCGAGCCGUAGGUAACACCGUCGUCGUCGUCGUGUCUUUCGUACGCGCGCGCGCGCACGCACGUACCGCAUCGCACAGCGCGCCGCCCAGAACGCGUUCCUACGUUCCGAUCGGACGGCGCGCGCGGCUGGCUAGCCCUGGUUAGGUGUGAUAACGUUCGACGGCGACGGCGUCGGCCGCCGCGUAACACAACAACAUGAAUCAGUUGUUGUGCAUUGGUGACCCGAGUCAGAACGUCAUGGCCGAGAGCAAAGGAUCCCUAAUCGCCAAGUCCGUGUCCAAACACGCCGGAAGGGCCAAAGAAAAGUUUCUUCAAAACUUGGGGAAAGUUGAUCGAACUGAAGAUGAAAUUUUUAAUGAGCACCUACAGAAUUUUUCUAAACAACAGAAUUCAGCGAAUAAGCUGCAAAAAGAAUUCAACAACUACAUUCGAUGUGUUCGAGCCGUCCAAGUGGCGAGCAAAAGUCUUAUGGACACAUUGAACGAGAUGUACGAGACCCAAUGGGUAGGACACGAUCAUAUGUGUACCGAUUCAAACAAUUUGGAUAUGUUGUGGAGUGAUUACACCCAUAAAUUGGCCGAUCAAGUGCUUAUACCAUUGAACACGUAUCAGGCUCAGUUUGCCGAAACACGAAAAAAAAUCGACAAGCGCAACAGGAAACUGGUUGACUAUGACAGCCAAAGACAUAGUAAUCAGCUGGCCAGUAACAACAAUGGCGGAGGAGGAGCCGGCAAGAAAAAAGACGAAGCAAAAAUGAUGAAAGCCAAAGAACAAUUCGACGAAGUCAAACGAAAGUUCGACCUCAUCAAUACGGAGCUGCACGAUGAGUUACCCGCUUUGUACAAUUCUAGGGUGUUGUUUUUGAUCACCAAUCUGCAACCAUAUUUCGCUGCCGAACAGUUAUUUCAUAGCGAAUCGUCAAAAGUAUUUUCCGACAUGGAAUCAAUUGUCGAUAAAUUAGCAACCGAUUAUCAACACCAGUCGAAAAUGUUAAACUACUUCUUAGGAAAUAAAACCUCCAACAACAUCACCAACAACAGUAUUCAAUCCGCAUCACAAUCGCCGGUGUCUCCGAUAUCCAUGAAUGAAGAAGACGGUUUGAAAUCUCCGGGUUCAUCGUCGACGUCUCCUCAACUGGCUUUCGUAAGUAGUAAACCACCGCCUGACAACAGUAAUAAUGACGUCGUGUCGGCAUCAAAAGUGGUGUCCGCCGAAGAAGAAUCAUCAUUACCGUUGCAACCGUCAUUGAUGAACGGCAAGAGCAGUCCGCCGGUCAACGGUGUCGCGCCCGUUAGACACGAGAAUGGCAGUAAUAAAAUCUUAACCGUUGAAAUCGACAUUCCGCCAGGAGCUACUACUGAUAAUUUACCUCCAGGAGUGCUUUAUAGAGUGAUAGCGACUUACAAAUAUGAUGCUGAAGAUACAGAUGAGUUAUCAUUUGAAAAGGGUGAAAUUAUCAAUGUAGUGCCCUACGAUGAUCCAGAAACUCAGGAGGAAGGCUGGUUAAUUGGAGUUAAAGAAAAUUCUGGUGAAAAGAAAAUGUUUCCAGCCAAUUUCACCAGACCUUUGUGAGUGGUACAUCGUCGUGAGAACAAGAAGAUCACAACUAGACCAAGAAUUAUGAAGUUCAGUUUCUGGUUGUUUGUGAUUUUAUUCUAUGUUUUCAUGUCCUUGUAUUUCUAUUUAAACGAUACUUGAAGUCAGUUUUUGUCUGACAGCCCAAAACGCGCUGCAACGACUAGUUUUUAUGGCAUUUUUAUUUUAUGAAUUAAAUACCGCCUUAAGUUUUUAAAUAUUUAUUUUUUUUUUAUGCUCCGUGUACGUCAAGUUUAGUAUAUAUUAUCUGUGCUGAUAAUAAUGAUUUUGACUGAUUGAGGAAUCGUUACGAAUUUAAUAGGUUCAUAUUAAAUUGUAUUUUAGUGUGAUGAUAUUGAACCUGGAAAAAAUCUCAUUAAUUAAUUAAUGUGUAACAAGUGCCUUUAAAUUUUUAUACAAAAUAAUGUUAAAAAAUGUGUGGUAGACUUAUUUUUUUUUGUUGUUGUGCCAUUUAAAAGCAUAUUAAAGCUAUUAUUUGGCUACUAUUUUCAAUCCUACUCCUGCAAUUCAGCUAUAGUACCUUCUAUUUAAUGUAUAACCGUGUAAUAAUUACAUUUUGCUCGUAUUAUGCGUUUACUACUUUUAUUUUUUAUGUGUUGUUAUAUUGUUGUAUUUGUGUGUUAAAUGUUUUUUUCUACUUUUAGUGAGUGAUGUGUAAAAGUUCAAGCAUUUUAAUUUACAUUUCAAGUAUUUACCCCGUCCCCUAAACCCUAUCUGAUAGUCAAUAAAAUGUAAAUAACUUUAGUUUAGAUUAUAAAUUAUCCUCUAAGUAAUAUCUGUAUUUUAUUAUUUUAAUUAACUUUGAUAGAUACUAAAUUUAUUAUAUAAAUCAAUGUAUUAUUUAGAUGUAUAUUUAUUUUGUCCUUAAAAUUUUGCUGUAGGUAUUUUAACAUUUGAGAUUCAGUAUUGCUAUGUUUAAAAUAUAUUAUAUUUAUAAAUUAACAAAAAUAAUUACUGGAUUUAGUAUUUGUAUUUUAGAUGAAUGGCUCUCCACUCCCCAAUGUCACUUAUUGUGUAAUUAAAUAUUUUUUUGUUCGAAAACAUCCAUUCAAAGUACUAUUUUGUUUGAAUUUGUUUUGUUAUUGUUUUAAAAUUGAUAAUUUUUUCUCAAUGCAUUUAAACCAACAUUCACAUAUUUAUAUUUUUUGUAAAAAAGGUAAAAACGUGUUUGAAUUGAGGAAGGUACAAUUUAAGUAAGCUAUAAUCAAGGGUCUCCCAAAAUAUGAGUGAUAUUUCUAUUGGAUAUUUCAUGACAUUUACAUAUUGAUGUAAUAAUGUAUGAAUUGAAACAACAAUGAAAAUAGAUUUUCAAAUUAAUUUAGUUCAAUAAGAUUUAAAUGUUGUCUCCAUCGUCUAUGAAAUUAGAGUAUAGGUCAGGAAUAGAAAUAUGAAAUCAAAUUAAAACGGACAAAUAGAAUACUGCGAUCAACAUUUCUUUCAUAUUAUGGGCCAUAAUUUUUCAUGUAUCAAAUAUAUUUCAUCUGCAUUGCAUUUAUUGAAUUUGAUCAAUAUUUAAUGGUUAUGUUUU